GGGCGGGACAGAACCGCAAAUUCCAACCUGCAUGGUCUUGUAAGGUGCGUGAUUUUGAGGGAAGGCCCAAGGAAGCAGCGUGGAAAUGUUUCAAGUCCUCGGAGUCCGGUGCCUCAAAAACAAAACAAAAACAACAACAAAACCCAUCACCAAAUCUCGCUUAAAGCCUCUCAGUAGCAGCCCGGUUGUCUUGGAGCUCUCUCUAUAGACCAGAGACUCACCUGCCACUGGCUCCUGAGUACUGGAAUUAAGGCGUGUGUCACCGCACCGAAGCCUAGUUUCGUUUUUUCUUAAACUGUGAAUAUCCCAAAGCUGACUCUAAAGUCAUCCGCAGGAAAUACUAUGAGAUAAACUCAUGCUCAAAGGGACUGGGUGGCUUCGGUUUCACAGACAGCGGAGGUUGGACAAGGCUUCCGCGGAGUGGGCGGGGCUCUGAACUCGAGAUAAGACCAGGAAAUCGUGGUCCCCAAGCCUCAUGCCAGGCUGCACUUGCACGUCGCGGGCCAGUCUCCUCGCCUGCAGAUAGUUCCCAAAACAUGAGGAUAUUUGCUGGCAUUAUAUUCACAGCCUGCUGUCACUUGCUACGGGCGUUUACUAUCACGGCUCCAAAGGACUUGUACGUGGUGGAGUAUGGCAGCAACGUCACGAUGGAGUGCAGAUUCCCUGUAGAACGGGAGCUGGACCUGCUUGCGUUAGUGGUGUACUGGGAAAAGGAAGAUGAGCAAGUGAUUCAGUUUGUGGCAGGAGAGGAGGACCUUAAGCCUCAGCACAGCAACUUCAGGGGGAGAGCCUCGCUGCCAAAGGACCAGCUUUUGAAGGGAAAUGCUGCCCUUCAGAUCACAGACGUCAAGCUGCAGGACGCAGGCGUUUACUGCUGCAUAAUCAGCUACGGUGGUGCGGACUACAAGCGAAUCACGCUGAAAGUCAAUGCCCCAUACCGCAAAAUCAACCAGAGAAUUUCCGUGGAUCCAGCCACUUCUGAGCAUGAACUAAUAUGUCAGGCCGAGGGUUAUCCAGAAGCUGAGGUAAUCUGGACAAACAGUGACCACCAACCCGUGAGUGGGAAGAGAAGUGUCACCACUUCCCGGACAGAGGGGAUGCUUCUCAAUGUGACCAGCAGUCUGAGGGUCAACGCCACAGCGAAUGAUGUUUUCUACUGUACGUUUUGGAGAUCACAGCCAGGGCAAAACCACACAGCGGAGCUGAUCAUCCCAGAACUGCCUGCAACACAUCCUCCACAGAACAGGACUCACUGGGUGCUUCUGGGAUCCAUCCUGUUGUUCCUCAUUGUAGUGUCCACGGUCCUCCUCUUCUUGAGAAAACAAGUGAGAAUGCUAGAUGUGGAGAAAUGUGGCGUUGAAGAUACAAGCUCAAAAAACCGAAAUGAUACACAAUUCGAGGAGACGUAAGCAGUGUUGAACCCUCUGAUCGUCGAUUGGCAGCUUGUGGUCUGUGAAAGAAAGGGCCCAUGGGACAUGAGUCCAAAGACUCAAGAUGGAACCUGAGGGAGAGAACCAAGAAAGUGUUGGGAGAGGAGCCUGGAACAACGGACAUUUUUUCCAGGGAGACACUGCUAAGCAAGUUGCCCAUCAGUCGUCUUGGGAAAUGGAUUGAGGGUUCCUGGCUUAGCAGCUGGUCCUUGCACAGUGACCUUUUCCUCUGCUCAGUGCCGGGAUGAGAGAUGGAGUCAUGAGUGUUGAAGAAUAAGUGCCUUCUAUUUAUUUUGAGUCUGUGUGUUCUCACUUUGGGCAUGUAAUUAUGACUGGUGAAUUCUGACGACAUGAUAGAUCUUAAGAUGUAGUCACCAAACUCAACUGCUGCUUAGCAUCCUCCGUAACUACUGAUACAAGCAGGGAACACAGAGGUCACCUGCUUGGUUUGACAGGCUCUUGCUGUCUGACUCAAAUAAUCUUUAUUUUUCAGUCCUCAAGGCUCUUCGAUAGCAGUUGUUCUGUAUCAGCCUUAUAGGUGUCAGGUAUAGCACUCAACAUCUCAUCUCAUUACAAUAGCAACCCUCAUCACCAUAGCAACAGCUAACCUCUGUUAUCCUCACUUCAUAGCCAGGAAGCUGAGCGACUAAGUCACUUGCCCACAGAGUAUCAGCUCUCAGAUUUCUGUUCUUCAGCCACUGUCCUUUCAGGAUAGAAUUUGUCGUUAAGAAAUUAAUUUAAAAACUGAUUAUUGAGUAGCAUUGUAUAUCAAUCACAACAUGCCUUGUGCACUGUGCUGGCCUCUGAGCAUAAAGAUGUACGCCGGAGUACCGGUCGGACAUGUUUAUGUGUGUUAAAUACUCAGAGAAAUGUUCAUUAACAAGGAGCUUGCAUUUUAGAGACACUGGAAAGUAACUCCAGUUCAUUGUCUAGCAUUACAUUUACCUCAUUUGCUAUCCUUGCCAUACAGUCUCUUGUUCUCCAUGAAGUGUCAUGAAUCUUGUUGAAUAGUUCUUUUAUUUUUUAAAUGUUUCUAUUUAAAUGAUAUUGACAUCUGAGGCGAUAGCUCAGUUGGUAAAACCCUUUCCUCACAAGUGUGAAACCCUGAGUCUUAUCCCUAGAACCCACAUAAAAAACAGUUGCGUAUGUUUGUGCAUGCUUUUGAUCCCAGCACUAGGGAGGCAGAGGCAGGCAGAUCCUGAGCUCUCAUUGACCACCCAGCCUAGCCUACAUGGUUAGCUCCAGGCCUACAGGAGCUGGCAGAGCCUGAAAAACGAUGCCUAGACACACACACACACACACACACACACACACACACACACACACACCAUGUACUCAUAGACCUAAGUGCACCCUCCUACACAUGCACACACAUACAAUUCAAACACAAAUCAACAGGGAAUUGUCUCAGAAUGGUCCCCAAGACAAAGAAGAAGAAAAACACCAAACCAGCUCUAUUCCCUCAGCCUAUCCUCUCUACUCCUUCCUAGAAGCAACUACUAUUGUUUUUGUAUAUAAAUUUACCCAACGACAGUUAAUAUGUAGAAUAUAUAUUAAAGUGUCUGUCAAUAUAUAUUAUCUCUUUCUUUCUUUCUUCCUUUCUUUCUUUCUUUCUUUCUUUCUUUCUUUCUUUCUUUCUUUCUUUCUUCCUUCCUUCCUUCCUUCCUUCCUUCCUUCCUUCCUUUCUUUCUUUCUUUCUUUUUUUCUGUCUAUCUGUACCUAAAUGGUUGCUCACUAUGCAUUUUCUGUGCUCUUCGCCCUUUUUAUUUAAUGUAUGGAUAUUUAUGCUGCUUCCAGAAUGGAUCUAAAGCUCUUUGUUUCUAGGUUUUCUCCCCCAUCCUUCUAGGCAUCUCUCACACUGUCUAGGCCAGACACCAUGUCUGCUGCCUGAAUCUGUAGACACCAUUUAUAAAGCACGUACUCACCGAGUUUGUAUUUGGCUUGUUCUGUGUCUGAUUAAAGGGAGACCAUGAGUCCCCAGGGUACACUGAGUUACCCCAGUACCAAGGGGGAGCCUUGUUUGUGUCUCCAUGGCAGAAGCAGGCCUGGAGCCAUUUUGGUUUCUUCCUUGACUUCUCUCAAACACAGACGCCUCACUUGCUCAUUACAGGUUCUCCUUUGGGAAUGUCAGCAUUGCUCCUUGACUGCUGGCUGCCCUGGAAGGAGCCCAUUAGCUCUGUGUGAGCCCUUGACAGCUACUGCCUCUCCUUACCACAGGGGCCUCUAAGAUACUGUUACCUAGAGGUCUUGAGGAUCUGUGUUCUCUGGGGGGAGGAAAGGAGGAGGAACCCAGAACUUUCUUACAGUUUUCCUUGUUCUGUCACAUGUCAAGACUGAAGGAACAGGCUGGGCUACGUAGUGAGAUCCUGUCUCAAAGGAAAGACGAGCAUAGCCGAACCCCCGGUGGAACCCCCUCUGUUACCUGUUCACACAAGCUUAUUGAUGAGUCUCAUGUUAAUGUCUUGUUUGUAUGAAGUUUAAGAAAAUAUCGGGUUGGGCAACACAUUCUAUUUAUUCAUUUUAUUUGAAAUCUUAAUGCCAUCUCAUGGUGUUGGAUUGGUGUGGCACUUUAUUCUUUUGUGUUGUGUAUAACCAUAAAUUUUAUUUUGCAUCAGAUUGUCAAUGUAUUGCAUUAAUUUAAUAAAUAUUUUUAUUUAUUAAA